CUUUCUUCACUAUGUAAAAAAAUAGCUGAAAAGACUCAUCCUUUUACAAAGAUCUUUAUCAACACUGCUGUCAAAGAAGACUUGUCAUGGUUUUCAUCUAUCCUUUCAAAUUCAGUUGGCAUUCACUUUAUCAACUCAACUAUAUGGACUGAUUCAGAUGCUGAUAUUAUAAUCUAG